ACAGGCGGGUGAGCUCGCCAAGCAAAAGUUUGCUGUCAUCUUGGAGUCACACAACUUGCCCAAUGGAUGCACUUGACUCACAGGCGAGCAAGGGGACAUCAUGAAAAGUUUUUUGCCAGGUGAGCAAGGCGGAGCAGGCGGGACUGACAGUCUUCGAGACGGCCCCGAGGAGGGCGGCUUCAGUGGUGGGAGCAACAGCCCAAGUGGAUCGCCGCUGUGCAAGAUGAACCUUCUGGACGUCAACAGUUGCCCGGACACUCCACAAGCUCGACUUAAUAGCAAUUCACCACUGAGACCAGGAGGUGUGACAAUCCCUGUCUACUGCGUUGUGGAAUAUGCAGACAUGGCGAGUGACGGCGAGCAGCGCGGUCACAGUCACGCCGAAUUUGUGCUGAUCCGGAAAGACAUCCUGUUCACGCAACUAGUGGAGACGGCGCUGAUGUCUUUGGGCUACACGCAAGGCUCGGCUGUACAGGCCCGAGGCAUCAUCAAGGUGGGCCAAUGGAAGCCGAUGCCCAUCCACAACCUGACAGAUGCUCCAGAAGCCACAGUGGCAGACAUGCUCCUGGACGUUUAUCACAUGGUCACGCUUCGGAUCCUGCUGCACAGGUCCUCCAGUCUUGAGUUUGCCCGUCUGGAGGAGCUGCCCUCUGAACAGUGGACGCAUGCCACAGUGAGGAAGGCCCUCAAAGAGGUGCUAGGAGAGACCAAUCAGAACGCUCUGCCUAAGGAGUGUCCACUCUCUCGGAGUAUGAUUUCUGCCAUCGUCAACAGUUCCUUUUAUGCCAACGUCUCCGUGUCCAAAUGCCAAGAGUUUGGACGCUGGUACAAACGUUACAAACGCAUCCAAGGUGAAUAUGCAGAGACAAUGUGGCAGCCCCAGGACAAAUCCGAUGUAAAUGAGAGAGAUUGGGAGCCGAGCAUCCUCAACCGGCGUCUUCCUUCUCUUUUGCCCUACCUGGGUGGCCCUGGAAGCCUCCAAAAUUGCCUACUGGAUCAGCAGAGUUCCAGCCUGCCACACUCCACCAAUCCUUCGCCCAGCCCCCCUUUGCACCCCCGGGCUCCGGCUCAUUUGGGCCACGGCGGCCUCCUGCCCCCACAGCUUAUGCGCCAUCAGCUUGCCGUGGCGCACCUCAUCAACCAGCAACUCGCCGCCAACUGCCUGCUCUCCCAGCAGCCUGUGCAGGGGCUCCCCCAGCCGUACGUCAACCACUCGCCUAUUUCACGCACGUGCAAGGGCCCUCCUGAUCCCACCUAUUCAGGAGCUGAAGUGUCUUCUGACAUCUACCACCGAGUUCGGAGCGAGCUGAAGAGAGCCAGUGUCUCUCAAGCUGUCUUUGCCCGGGUGGCUUUUAACCGCACUCAGGGCUUGCUGUCAGAGAUCCUGCGCAAGGAGGAAGAUCCCCGCUCGGCCUCACAGUCGCUGCUGGUCAACCUAAAGGCCAUGCAGGCUUUCCUGGGUCUACCAGAAGGAGAACGAGACCGCAUCUACCAGGGAGAGCGAGAGAGGAAUAGUCAAACAAAUCACAACCACGUCUCCAAUGGCAACACCCACAAACACAUGCAGACUAAAUCCAAUGUGGAGACUCCACUUAAGAUGGACUCGCUAGUGAACAUCACAUCAAGGAUCUACGAGGAGAUCCAACGGGAAAUGAAGAGGGCUAAGGUCUCCCAAUGUCUGUUUGCAAAAGUCUCUGCAAACAAAAGCCAAGGUUGGCUGUGUGAGCUACUCCGAUGGAAAGAAAAUCCAAGCCAAGAGAAUCGCACACUCUGGGAGAACCUGUGCACCAUUCGCAGGUUUCUUUCCAUCCCGCAGGCUGAACGCGAUCGAGUUUAUGAGGAGGAGGCGAGGCAGCAGCACGGUGAUAAGCUCCCCGCUGUCCUUCACCUCCCCGAGCAUCAGGCGCCACCCCUGCCACCUCUGAGAGCCCUAUCUCCUCUUCACACGCACCCACAGCUUACAACCCUACCCCUCCUCAGUGGGGCCGAAAAUGGGCCUCGGCGGGGAAUGAGCCCUGGCCUGCGGGAAGCAAAAAAGGCCCGUUCACGAACGCGAAUUUCCUUGGAGGCGCUGGGGACCUUGCAGAGCUUCAUUGGCGACGUGGGGCUCUACCCGGACCAGGAGGCCAUCCACACCCUGUCGGCCCAACUGGACCUGCCUAAGCAUACUAUCGUCAAGUUCUUCCAGAACCAGCGCUACAACUUCAAGCACCACAAUUCCAGGGAGUCAGGGCUUGAGGAGGACAACCGGGAGGCAGCACGGGAAGAGGAGCAGCUCUCCGUGCCCGUGGACUCCAGUGAAGAUGGAAGAGCUUCAGCAGACACCUUUGCAACUGAGAGAGAGCCAGAAGCGAAUCAGAAGGAGAGUGAUGAUGGAAGAGCCUCAGCACCAGCAACAUCAUCCUUGUCGCCAAAUAGCAGUUCAGACAGCCCAAAUUCUGCAGGGCAGCAGAGAUAACAACAGGGGAGAAAAACUGUGAAGCACCCGUGAGAUUUGAUGUCCGCCGUUGUCAUUCUUGGUUUAUGAGCCCCCACAUUUAAGCCAUACGGGCACAACAGCACCAAAACCUCCACACAAACUGGACCCAAAUAUCGUACACACUGACACGUAAUUUAUUGUUCCAUUGUUGCUGCAGCAACUGAACUUGAUGUGACGCUCAACAGCGCAACAACAAUAGACAUCUGUAUUUAUUACAUCCUUUAUAUUUACUGGAGAAAAUAAAGAUUUACUACUUUCCUUAC